CACAACGGCAACAACAAAGCCACAUGCACAAAUUGACAUGGGGGCAGCGCAUGUCACCUCAGCCUCCCAACUUGAAAGUUUCAUAUUCCUGGGCUGCAGCCGAUUCAUGAGAAUUUGCUGUUCUUCGUGCCUCGUCACUCGAGUCCUCAGGCCUAUCGGCUGGAGUCCUUCUUGUCCUCUUCGAAUCCUUCAUAAAUUCGUGGUUUUCGUUGUUUCGAUUGGUUACACAAGUGUGCUCAAGUCCUCUGCAGCCCUGUACGUCAAGCUGGCCUCCACAAACCCGUCAGCUCCCUCGCUUGUCGUGUUUGUUGGCCGCCAUGGCUUAGUGGCUCUGUUGUUGGCUACUUUGGGACGGAAAUAUUGCAUUCCGACUGCGCAUCGUGGCCGACAAAGGAUGACCGCGGUACCCUAUUACUGUACCUUAAUCUUCCAACUAGUACUGGGCUGAAUAGCGUCAUAUGGGUAUAAAGAGAAGUCCACCUUUCUUUGACAAAAACCCAUCAUCAUCUCAAACAUUUCUCAAUACACUUUCGCUGAUUUUUUCAAUUCUAAUUUCAGACUUGCUGUCCUACCACAAUUAACAAUUUGUAAUAUCUCCAUCAAAAUGCAAUAUUCCAUCGUCAAUGUUUUCGCUCUUGCCGCCACUGCUUCGGCAGCUACAAUCAAAGUCGCUGUUGGACAGAAUGGUCUGACUUAUAGCCCAUCCGACAUUAAGGCCGCCCCAGGUGAUGAGGUCGAGUUCACAUAUUUUCCAAAGGUUCGUGGGUCUUCUUAAUAAAUCCGCUUCACAAUUACUAACUCGUCCUCCAGAACCAUACUGUUUCGCAGUCUUCAUUCGGCCAACCCUGCAGACCCCUUGCUGGUGGUUUCUUUUCUGGCUUCGUUCCAACCGCGGUUUCAGGUCCAUCUAACACGACCUUCACGAUCACUGUCAGGGACACAAAGCCUGUAUGGAUUUAUUGUGGUCAAACCGUUGGAAGCCAUUGCCAGAGUGGCAUGGUUGCUGCUAUUAACGCACCUUCUACUGGCAAUACUCUCGCAGCUUUUGCACAAUUAGCAAAGAACGCCACUACAGUCAACUUCUCAGGUAGUGCAGUUGGUGGUAUUCUCAAAGUCAGCGGUAGCAACAGUACGGCAACAAGUACUACUGGAGGAUCGACUUCUCUCUCCACUUCCUCGUUCACUUCCACAUAUGCUACAUCUGCCGUCAUCAGCACAGUCAUCACCUCUUCAUACACCUCAAAUGGACAGGCAUACGCCACUACCUUCCCAACCGUUUACACCACUUCCUACACAACGGCAGUACCAACUGCCAGUGUAGUCGCCUCCGUUUCUGGUGGUACCCCUGCUGGAACUUCGUCUGCUAGUAGCCCUACCAAUACUUCAUCAGGAGCGGGUGGUCUUGUUGCGAGCAUGUUAGCAGUUGGUGCUGGUAUUUUGGCUGCCGUUUUUAUGGUCUAAUUAUUCUAACGAGAUUGGGUGUGUAUGGGCUGGAGGCGUUUGAUGGUAGAUAAUUAAUUUGGGAAUGCUUGCAUUUUAA